UGCGGUGGAGUUGGUCCUCCGGUAUCCCAGAAUGCGUCAGUGUCCGCGCUGGUAAGCCGCGCAUGCGCAAUCGCUCGGUCUCUUUUGGACCCGCAGCUCUUCUGCUACAAUGGCCAAGCGCACCAAGAAGGUGGGGAUUGUGGGGAAGUAUGGCACGCGUUACGGAGCGUCGCUGAGGAAGAUGGUGAAGAAGAUCGAGAUCAGCCAGCACGCCAAAUACACCUGCUCCUUCUGCGGCAAGACCAAGAUGAAGAGGAAGGCUGUAGGGAUCUGGCACUGUGGCUCCUGCAUGAAGACCGUAGCUGGAGGCGCCUGGACGUACAACACCACGUCAGCCGUCACGGUCAAAUCUGCCAUCAAGCGUCUGAGGGAGCUGAAGGACCAGUAGACCGUGUGUUCACAUCACCCUGCGGCUCGCUGGAACAUCCCAUAAUAAUAAACCUGAGUCUUGAGCCGGA